GCUGCCGCACAGCGGCUGACGGUGUCAUUAGAACACAAAGAACGCUGUCUGUGUGCGCGAGCGAACGGUGAAACAGCCGCACGGCCGACCAGUGUUUGCCCGACCUUGGAAUCGAUCGAACGCGUAAUGGAACUGAACACCACAGUUUUUGAUAGUGAGAGAUUGAUUUCCGAAGUGGAGAAGAGGCCGGCACUGUACAAUAAGGUCAUGCCAGAGUACAGUGACAAGAACUAUAAAGAAAAACAAUGGAAAGAAGUCUGUGAAGCAGUGUUGCCAAAUUGGUGCCACCUAGACAAGAAAGAACGAGUGACUGCAGGCAAUGUCAUACAACGGAAAUGGAGAAAUAUUCGUGAUAAUUUCCGAAAAGGAAUUCAAGUACAAAAGAAGUCAACAGGACAAGGGGCCAGAAAAAGGAGAAAAUAUGUUUAUUUUGACCAGUUGUUGUUCCUUCUGCCAACACUUCAAGAACGAAGCUCAUCUGGGAAUGAGAAUGAGACCGAGGAAGAUAUAAACACAGGACGUCAGGUCAGAGGAGUCACAAAUGCGAACGAAACAAACGAGAGACGACAGAGUAAACGUUCCAAAAUUACGUAUGAAGAAUCUUUACUACAAAUAAUCAAAGAGAGAAACAGAGAUGAUAUUGAUGAGGACAAAUCUUUCUUACUCUCUCUGGUACCAUCAUUUAAGAAACUCAGUGAUGAACAAAAGUACAUAGCGAAAGUGGAGUUUUUAAAUGUUUUGAGGAGGGUAACGUUGCCUCAACCCCAGUAUCCUUUCAGCACUCGACGCCUUUCGAACAGUUAUUUUCCACCAAAUUUUCCACCUUCUAAUCCUCCCGGAAUAAACCAGAGUUUUUCGCCAAAGUUCAAACCUCAGCACACCGAAUCCCUCCGCAGUCCUGAGCAGUCUACGUCCACCAGUAGUAGCACUCUACUUCCCCAGAUGUCACCCUCUGAUAGCAAUACCAUGUCACCAUUAUCUGAUACCGAACUACACUGAAUAUUGUGAUUGUAAUUCCCUAAACUACAUAACAGGAAAGAAAAAGUAUGUUUAAAGUCUACAAUUAAAUGUAAGAUUGUUAUAAAAUGUAAUAAAGAAAAUUAAAUAUAUAA